CCUGUAUUUAUGUGACCAAUUUCAAUGAAAUUACUCCAUUAUCAUAAAUCUUUUUCAAAUCCAGACAGUGAUUAUGCACUCUAUUAGUCAAAUAAACUGGUACACUGUAAAAACGACAACUCAAAAUUGUUCACCUUACUAAGAUUUUUGCAUUCACUGACAAUAAAAUUGCUAGUUGGAACUUGAACUAUCUGUUGUAAGCCACUUGAACUCACUUUCAGACGUUUCUGAGGAAAAGUUCAUCUUAUUUUAUAAACUGAGUUGAGUUUAUUUUGAAGUUGUAGUUGAAACCCAGUUAGAGUGAGUUCAACUUAUCUGCGCAUGCUCAUUUGAAAUUUGUCAUGGCAACCGGCUGCGACGGGGUUUCCAAGGAUUUUCCCAGGAGCUCCCUGCGAAAGUUUGCGUCCACCACGAUGCCAGCGGUAACUUUCCCUGACGUCUUUGUCGAAGAGAAACAUUCCUUUUAACGGUUUUCUAUGAAGUGUCUCUUCUGCAGCUUUGCCAGCGCCAGUCAAGAGCGUCUGCUUAGGCACCAUCGGCUCAAGCACAGAAGAGGAGCUUACUGGCCGUGUGUUUACAGUGACUGUAUUUAGAGAUCCUGGAUCCAGAGACUUUGAACGACUACCACCCAUUGGCUGCAUAUCAAGUUGCUAGAACUUUGAUGGUGACCCCAAGGGCUUGGCUACUGCAGUAAAUUGAAAUGGCUUUGUUGCUUCUGGUCCACAUAAAUCCCAAACUCGUCCGUAAGAUUCGGCUGACCAAAGUUCCUGAAACUUUAGAGGAACUGUACAAUGAACUGCGUCACAAACUUGAACUUGUGGGUGAAUUCUGUAUACAGUAUGAAGACUCAGACUUUGGCCAGGCAGUUUGCAACCUGAUUGACAUAGCAGAGUUGCCUUCAGAAAAGGCUGUCUUGCAUAUUCUGUGGAGCAAUGAGGACAUGCCAUCACCACCACCUCCAACACCAACUCGGUCAUCCUCCAUCUCUUCCCUUGACACAGCCAUCAUUGGAUCUCCAGACUCAAUCCACAGCUUAUCUUCAGUUGUGCGGACAUAUAGGAGGAACGUUUCACAGUGGCCCACUCCGUUCCCAGUACCACAAUUCUCAUAUGAUGUUGAACUGAUACUCCGCAAGGGGAAUGACACAUUUGAAAUAUCAGGGAAGGGUUUACAUGUAACCAGAGAUGUGAAAAAAGAGAUUCUGGACAAGCUGGCACAAGAAAUAUUUUCUGUGAAAGCCUACCCUGAAAAACAUGAGUUCGAUUCUGUUGCCGCUGAACUUGUCAACAAACAUCCCUGCCUCAAAGAGCCUGGUGGUGGUACUGGAUAUGCGGGAUGGACAACCAGCAUAAAGUACAAGAUGGGGAACUACAGAUCAAAACUACGUCAAGCUGGAUGUAAUGAGGUUGGUGUCAACAGGAGAUCAAGAAGGGAGGAGGCAGAUGAUCAUGGUGUCAACAGGCGAAGAAGAGAUGAUGAUGAUGGGGAUGGUGGUCCGGAGGGAAGGUUUUCCUUGAAAAAACCAAAACGAGGUGAGGUCAACCAUGUACCAGAUCAUCCUGAAAGCCACACUGAGGAUGACUUGGAAGACCUGAGGUCUUCCCUGGUUGAAGCCAUGAAGAAGAAAAACAAGGACAUGGAGUUCAUCAGACAGAAGAUGGACAUCACAUUCUCCCUUAGGAGAAUGGAGAUUGUGGAGAUGGAGCCCAUGGUCUCAGAGGUUCUAGAGAGGUGGCCCGGUCUAUUUCUUGAAGAACAGAUUUGUCAAGAGUUCACUCGUGUGACCACAAAGGACCUGAUGGGAACAUUUAAAGCUGCCCUUGAGAUGUUCACCCCUCGUUUGCUGAAAUUGUAUCGUGCCAGGAAGGGCGCCUUUAGUCGAGAGAUGGAAACCCUUUUGGAAAUGCUUGACAAACAGACAUCUGACAUCACAAGUCAUCGCAGACAGGCAGCUGUGGAAGGUCUUCCCAUAUUUCUGCGGGAGAAUACUGAGAAGCUUUUCUCUAGAUGCCUGGCAACUGAUGCAGAUGACAAACAGAUGAAAGGCAUCAAGAUGGGGGUCCUCACAGUGCUUGAUGAUGAUAACGACGCAGUCAUUAAUAUUGCCCUUGUGUUGGAGGAAACCAUUGUCCUGAAAGACAUCCCAGACACCCCGACUGCCCUUGCGUAUCUUUUUGGCUUGCUUUAUGCCCUCAACAUGGAGUUCCCAAAAGACAUCAGGUAUACCUUUGAAACUAUCCAGCACAUUUUCAUGGAAAUGUCCACCGAUUGCUCACAGCGUGUCCGGAGCUUCAAGACCAAGCUGUUAAACCAGUGAUUCAUUUUCCAUGGGGAAGAUUUAUUUUAUAAUGUCUGUUCAUUUAUGUUUGGAUAUUUUGUAAGUCUACACAUAGACCACCUUAUAGUUUUUAUAUUGUUCCUUUAUUUUGACUAAAAACAAAUCUGUUAUUUUUAGCUGUCAUAUAACUGUCACGAGACUAUUGAUUGUUUCUCAGUAGAAGCAAGCUUUGUUUCAGCAUUGCCGUUAUAGUCUGCAUCUUUGCUGGUGUGGCAAGUGUCCAUGGGGAAGAUUUCUUUUAUCAUGUCUGUUCAUUUAUUAUGUUUGUAUAUUUUGUAAGUCUUAACAUAGACCACCUUAGUUUUUAUGUUGUUCCAUUUGAUUUCCCCAACUUAUCGACUUAUGUGCCUUAUUUGCUCUGUACACAAGUGCUAUAUUUGAAUUUGUUUUUAAAUUUAAAAACAAAUGUUUUAUGUGUAUCUGUCAUAUUGCUGUCAAGAGACUACGGUAUUGAUUGUUCAUUAGAAGCAAGCUGUGUUCCACCAUUACUGUUAUAGCCUGCAUGUUUGCAUUUUUGGCUAAUUUCAAAGUUCAGAAAGUUCAGAUAAUUUGGCUUUUUCAGCUGGGGAUUUAGACAAUUCUGUUCUUAGGCACUAUACAACUGUUUAUCGGUAAUCUUUGUCAAUAUUGCAUUAUUUGUAAGGUCUCAACAAGAGUCAGAAAGUAAAAAAUAAAACUGCCCAUAUUAUAGUACUGAAACCUGAUGUAUCUGAUUUGGGCAUAAGAUUACUUGUUUACAUUGUGGAAUUGUAAAGCUGUUUGUGCCAAAGUCGUUCAAAUAAACAU